AUGAAAACAUUUACUUUAUAUAUGAAGAUUUCUACAUUAUUUCUUUUAAUUUGGAUGUUCCAAUUCUUUUAUAACUAUGAUUCUAGUAAAUCUUUGCUUGAUCAAAAUACGUUAAAUAUAAAAAGUUGUUUAAAUUAUGAAAGAAUGUUAGCGGAGGGUAGUACAUCAGAAUGUGAAGAGCAAAGUGAUGCUGAAGAAUUUGUAGAGGAAAAUUCAUCAGAUGAAGAAGACAGUGAAGUUAAAGAUGUACUUGCACUUAGUAAAGAUGUGAAAGAUAGAUGGUCUAAACUCAUUGAUAAGAUGUGGGAACAAUACCAAAACGAGACAUCCAUGAUGAGUAAGAGAUGGAGAGGGCGCAAAUGGCAUAUUGAUUGGCAUAUAAUUUCAUCUAAAAAAAUUAAUGAUCUGCAUACAUUGAUUCUUGAACUUGGAAAACCAAGUGAAGAAAGAAGAGAAUUAAUUGAUAAAACAUUUAAAGAACUUCAAGAGGAUUUUUCCAAAUUUUUACAUGAUUGUAAGGAAGAAUGGAAAAAACAGCCAAAACAAAAAAAAAAAGUAAAAACUAGAAAACGUAAAUUAAGGAAAACAAAUGCACCAGUUAAGGAAGGUAAAAUAGAAGGAAAAAAAGAUUUUGAGACAUUAUCAAAGGAAAAUAUAAGUUAUAAAGAUAAAAUGGAAGGAAAAAAAGAUUUUGAGACAUUAUCAAAAGAAAAUAUAAGUUAUAAAGAUAAAAUGGAAGGAAAAAAAGAUUUUGAGACAUUAUCAAAAGAAAAUAUAAGUUAUAAAGAUAAAAUAGAAGGAAAAGAUUUUGAGACAUUAUUAAAAGAAAAAAUAAGUUAUAAAGAUAAAAUAGAAGGAAAAAAAGAUUUUGAGACAUUAUCAAAAGAAAAUAUAAGUUAUAAAGAUAAAAUAGAAGGAAAAAAAGAUUUUGAGACAUUAUCAAAAGAGAAUAUAAGUUAUAAAGAUAAAAUAGAAGGAAAAAAAGAUUUUGAGACAUUAUCAAAAGAAAAUAUAAAUUAUGAAGAUAAAAUAGAAGAAAAAAAGGAAGACCAUACUAAAAAGUGUCAAGUUUCCCUUAACCCUCAGGAAGCUAAGUGGAUAGAUGAUUUGAAGAAAACUCUGGAAAAUUUGCAAAAAAAAGAAAGUAAACAAUUGGAAGAGGCUAAUGAUAAAUACAAAGGGGAAGAUUUUAUAAGCAAUGCCACUACCAUUAUGAAAAAUAAUAAUGAUUAUUGGACAAAUUAUUUGCGUGUAAAGAUAAAUCAAUUAAAAGAUCAAUAUGGAUUAAAAGGUUAUGAUGCUAAAUGA